CCACAUGUCCUCUGAAACACUGGACCUGACACGAGAUAGUAUUGCACUCGUUUCCAUUUUUCAAUCGCUCUGGAAAGGAGAGGCAAGUAAAGAAAAGGAGCAGCGGAAUAUCGAAAGACAAGUAGUCGAAAUCUCGAUGACUUUGGUCCCGGAGUUCUUUCUCUGUAGCAGUAAGGACACUAUUGAUCGUAGUCGGAUCAAUGUGACUGCCAGUGCCUUGGGAAUUCUCCGAUUGUGGGGAGAACUCUCAUUCUUGUAAUUCGUAGUCUUACUGGAUCCCAGUUUUGUUCGGGCGGAUCGUUCAUCGAGUGCGUGUGCCGUCGUUGUGACGUUGUACCCCACCUUUCGACAAAUAGAUGCUCAGCUGUGCUUGUUUUGCGAACAGUUUGGCACAUUGUGAGCGUCCUUGUGAGCUGAUUCCAUGAUUGUUGCAGCGAUCGAACGAAUCGGUUCGGUAGAAGACAAUUUCAGGCAUCCAGUUCUGAUGCAGCCGAGAAUCCUCGCAAAUGAAAUGUUGCUGCUCUGUGUCGGGAGUAAUUGCGGAGGGCGUGAAGGCACACUGUGAAGAGACGGUGAAGGAACAGUCAUGGCUCAGGUUACUAAUCAAGUCUUUUAUGCAACAACUUAUCACCCCAUCCAGGCGGGAAGUAUCGAUGGCACUGACACUGCCGCUCACGACAACGCGAUCUAUCGGGCUCUCUUGGCUUCCUCUACUGGACUUUAUGAUCCAACGGGUGACCAGAAGGCUGUGGGCGACCCUCAUAGUACCCUGUUCGUAGGCCGACUGGCUCGACAUACUACCGAGGAGACUCUCAAUCAGGCAAUGAGCAAGUUUGGCAAAGUCAAGCAUAUCCGGCUAGUUCGUCAUAUAGUCACAGGUGCUUCUCAGGGAUACGCCUUUGUGGAAUUUGAAUCUGAUAAGGAAAUGCUAUAUGCGUAUGAGAUGGCGCAUUAUAACAUCAUCGAUGGGUCUCAAAUACUUGUGGACUACAACCGGCAGCAGCUGAUGCCUGGUUGGAUACCUCGUAGGUUAGGAGGUGGCUUGGGUGGACGCAAGGAAUCAGGGCAACUUCGUUUUGGAGGGCGUGAUCGACCCUUUCGAGCCCCAUUGCGCCCCAUCCCCGACGAGCAAUUGGUUAAACUUGGGAUUCCUCUACCGCCUGUGGGUCGAUAUAUGUCAAGGUUUCUGUUACCUCCGGUCCCCAGAAGACCGGACAGAUCGAAGGAAACUCCACGCAGACGCAGGUCUUCUCAGAGAGAGAACCGUAGCGGAACUCCUCAAUAUGAAAUUUCAGGUGGAGAUGGAGACAAACAUCAUGUGGAACGACGUUCGAGUCGCUCACCGGUGAGGUCUUCGAGACUAGUUGAGGAACAAGAAGACGCAGUCAAGUCGUCGAGUUCUUCUCGUCAUAGGAAAGGAAAGCACUUUUUAGACGAAGAAGGCGACGCCUCUGCACACACUAAGCGAGUUCGAAGGCAUGCUGGUGAAGGAAGCCAUAAAGCUAACAAGGACUACAUACCGGAGGCAGGAGAUGACGACGAGUAUUAUAAGCAGAGAUAUUCUUACCCAGAAAUAUCAAGUGCUCGGUAUGACGGUAGUACCGAGUAUGAGCGGGGCUCUCCAGGUUAUGAUAGUAGAAGCAAACCUGAGCAUGGCCAUGAAGGCAAGCAAGGAAGACGGAGUCGAAGUAACGAUACUGAUAAAAGUUCACCCGUCCACGAAAGAAGUACGUCAAAGCACAGACAUGAAAGAAGAGAAAGGAAGCGAAGUCGGAGCAGAGACAGUACGGAUAAAGAAGCCAAGUCAACAAGUCACAGAGAAGGAAGAAGGAAGUCUAGACAUGAACAUGAGGGGAGACAUGAUAAACGAAGCCGCAGCAGACACAAGAGUAGAGAAACCUGAUCCGAAUUGAGAAAACUUCUUGUCCUAUUCUAGUAGAUUGCUGCUGUCUGGAACUGGAAAGCUGAACUCCAGCUUGAGACGAUGUUUCUGUUGAAGGUCUCCUCUGUCUACACAUCUUUUCCUGAAGGAGGAUUUGUUCAAAUUUUUACUCUCAUAUCCCCACCAUUGAAUGACCUCUCGAACAAUACCCUCUCUUCAAGAUGCUA